CUGUGCCCCACUGACGUCUCCGGGUGGGUGAGUCGGGGAAUUCCACCAUAUGAGGCGACCAGAGCCGUGCGCUGUGCCCGCCCUCCACCUCCUCCCCUCGGUGAGAUGUCUGGCGCUGCACGCCGCACACCCUUACUAGCUGACAGAGGAGCGAGUGCUGCUGGAGCUCCCGGCUCUCCGUCCCCCGCUCACCUCAGGUUCUUCCAGAAACUCUCCGCUUCUCCCCAUGUUCGGACCGGAUAAACUGGGGUUCGAAAUGGAUUUCGGCUUUAGGAAUACGGCUUCUCUGGGGGAGUUUAACCCCUUCAGUGCCAGCAUCCCAGCUACCAAAGUGGAGUUAACCAUUUCAUGCAGGAAUCUUUUGGACAGAGAUACAUUUUCCAAAUCCGAUCCAUUAUGUGUAUUGUAUACGCAAGGUAUUGGAAACAAGGAAUGGAGAGAGUUUGGCAGGACAGAAGUUAUCGACAACACGUUGAACCCAGACUUUGUAAAAAAAUUUAUAAUGGAUUACUUCUUUGAGGAAAGACAGAAUCUGCGAUUUGAUUUGUAUGAUGUUGACUCAAAGAGUCCCAAUUUAGCAAAGCAUGAUUUUCUUGGUCAGAUGUUUUGUACUUUGGGUGAAAUAGUUGGAUCUCAAGGAAGUAAACUUGAGAAGCCUGUAACAGGAAUUCCAGGAAAGAACUGUGGAACUAUCAUAGUUACUGCUGAAGAGCUGAACAACUGCCGGGAUGCUGUGUUAAUGCAGUUUUGUGCCAAUAAACUUGACAAGAAAGACUUUUUUGGAAAGUCUGAUCCUUUUUUAGUGUUUUACCGAAGCAAUGAAGAUGGAAGCUUCACAAUUUGCCACAAGACAGAAGUAGUAAAGAACACAUUAAACCCGGUGUGGCAGGCUUUCAAGAUUCCAGUUAGAGCUUUGUGCAAUGGGGAUUUUGACAGAACAAUUAAAGUGGAAGUCUAUGACUGGGAUAGAGAUGGAAGCCAUGAUUACAUUGGAGAAUUCUCAACAAGCUACAGAGAGUUGUCUAGAGGACAGUCACAGUUCAAUGUAUAUGAGGUAAUAAAUGCCAAGAAAAAAGGAAAAAAGAAAAAGUAUCUGAAUUCAGGAACUGUCACUUUGCUUUCCUUUCUAGUGGAAACAGAAGUUUCAUUCCUUGAUUAUAUUAAAGGAGGGACGCAAAUCAAUUUCACCGUUGCCAUAGACUUCACAGCAUCAAACGGAAACCCUGCACAGCCCACCUCUCUGCAUUACAUGAAUCCUUAUCAGCUGAAUGCAUAUGGCAUGGCACUAAAAGCAGUUGGAGAAAUUAUUCAGGAUUAUGACAGUGAUAAAAUGUUUCCCGCAUUAGGCUUUGGAGCAAAGUUGCCACCUGAUGGAAGAGUAUGUCAUGAAUUUGCUCUGAAUGGCAAUCCACAAAACCCAUACUGUCAUGGAAUUGAAGGUGUGAUGGAAGCAUAUUACAGAAGCUUGAAAAGUGUACAGCUAUAUGGACCUACAAAUUUCGCUCCUGUAAUUAAUCAUGUAGCAAGAUACGCUGCCUCAAUAAAAGAUGGCUCCCAGUACUUUAUUCUGCUGAUUAUUACAGAUGGAGUUAUUUCUGAUAUGGCUCAGACAAAGGAAGCAAUAGUCAAUGCUUCCAAGCUUCCAAUGUCCAUUAUUAUUGUAGGAGUGGGACCUGCAGAAUUUGAUGCAAUGGUAGAGUUGGAUGGUGAUGAAGUCCGGGUUUCAUCAAGAGGACGGUAUGCAGAAAGGGACAUUGUGCAGUUUGUACCUUUCCGUGACUACAUUGACAGAACCGGAAACCAUGUGCUGAGCAUGGCACGAUUAGCCAAGGAUGUCUUAGCUGAGAUUCCUGACCAGUUUCUCUUGUACAUGCGAUCUAGAGGAUUCAAGCCAUUUCCAGCUCCACCACCAUACACACCAACCGGGCACCUAUUACAGACUCAGAUCUGACUAAAGUACAGUUCUUCCAACUUAUUCUCGCAAGCUGCCUGGUCAGCUUCAAAGUAAGGUGCACUAAAACUGAACUUUUGACAGACCUGCUUGUGUAUUUGGAAAAGCAUCUGCUUUUUGGAUCUAGAGGAUUCUGUUUACAGACCAAAACUGUAAAUAUGAGUGCAAGAGAAAAUAGAAAGAUUUUAAUACUCGUCAGGAAAAAAACAAAAACUGUUUCCUAUCUGAGUCUUAUUUUUGUGAUCAUUCAUUUUUAUUCGAAUUUUGAACUGUUGGAGGAAGCACAAAUCACACUUUUAAUCCAAACCUUAUUGUUAUCCCUGGCUGAGAUCUACUUAUGUGGGAAUGCAAUUCCUUGGUGUAAAUGUUUACAUGUUACUAAUUUUUAACUUUAAGUACUUUUGUAAUUAUUCUUAAACAAAAAAGUUUGAAAUUGUAGGAAAUCCAGUGUCUUCUACCUGGCAAUAAAUAUAGCCACAAAAAGCAAUAUCCAUUUAAGAAUCUCUUACACAAACCAAGAAUUAAGCUCUGGCACAGUUUGUUUGUUUUUUAAAGAAGAAGUAAACCCUGAACUCUGGCACUUAUUACCAGUCAUCAGAUGAAACAUAGUUUAAAACACAACUCUUUUUUACACACAAAAAAAAAAAUCGGAAAUGUGAGAAUUUGGGGAAAACCAAAACAAAGUAUUCUCUAGAAAGAUAAUCUCAGAAACACUGCAUUGUCAGAUUAACAUAGACAAUGACAAGUGAUAAAAAAAAAAAA